AUGGUUGGGUCUUAUUCUAAAAAGCGCAAGGUCGAUGAGGGCAUGCGUGGCAAGACCAAGCCCAAGAAGUUCCGCAAGCAAAAGUCUUACCACAGCAGCUCCGAAGAUGAGGGCGAAGAUGACUUCAAGGCUGUCAAUCUUGCGGACUCAGACGAGGAGGAUGCUGGCGCUCCUCAGAAAAAGCCCAAGUUCACUAAAACCCUACCGAUGAAAGAGAGCAAGAAGACCAAGCUCUCCCCUGCAUCUAAGCAAAAGAAAAAGCCCACCGCCGACGAAGAUGAAAUCAUGGAAGACGAUGACAACAACGACGCCUCUGGAUCUGACGAUGACGAUGACGGCCUCUCUGAUGGCUCGGCCUCCAAUACAGAUGGCCCGCGCAAAUCAGUUGCUAAGCGUAACGAUCCUACCAUCUUCUCAACCUCUAUUUCAAAAAUUCUAUCUACAAAACUUCCUACCUCUGCUAGAGCCGAUCCCGUUCUUUCAAGGAGCAGAAUUGCUGCAAAAGCUACAGAUGAAUUCGCCAAUGAGCAACUCGACAAGGCCGCACGCGCCAAUAUGCGUGCCGAAAAGAAGGAGGAAUUAGACCGCGGUCGUGUUCGCGAUGUCAUGGGUAUCGAGCGAGGUAUCGCUGGACCCGUGGCCGAGGAUGAGAAGCGACUGCGCAAGAUGGCACAGCGUGGUGUUGUCAAACUGUUCAAUGCUGUCCGCGCAGCACAAGUCCGAGGUGAAGAGGCUGCCAUGGUUGAGCGCCGAAAAGGAACGGUUGGUCUGGGAGAGCGGGAGAAGGCCGUCAACGAGGUUAGCAAGCAAGGAUUCCUUGAACUAAUUAACGGCAAGAAGGGGAAGCCGUUGAAUAUCGAGGAGGCUUAA